AUGCCGCCCACUGUGGAGUGGUCAGUCCAAUUCCAAGAUGAAUCGAGGCUCAUCGCCUCAGAGUACGUCGGAGGCCUCGGCCGGUAUGCUCAUCUCGAUAAAAAGGCCGCCGUCGCCCCUCCGCCACGGCAUCUAGGCCAUCUAGAGCCGACCCUCCGGCACCAAUCCCAUCUACUCCCACACGCAAGAGCAAGCGGCCCAGACGCCUCCGUCUCACCGAGAACUCACCUCCUCCACCACCCACCACCACCACCGCCGCCGCCCCCAGCAUACAGUCACCACCCAUACUAUCGCGAACCCCCUCCCCCGCGAGCAGGAGUCGGAGGAGGUCCCAUCGAGUCAUCAUCAUCAUCAUCAGCCUACCCGCGCCGCGAGAGCGAGUCCGCCUACCUCACGCCCCAAAACUCGGCUCACCCGGCGGCGGCACCUCACCACCCCUACAGCCUCCACGAGCACUUUGCCUCGUACCGCGACACCGCCGGCGGCAUCCCCAACAGCCGCGCCCACGGCCACCACCGCGAUAGCGACGCCUCGAGCGCGGCCUCCAUCGUCCCGCAACCCACCGCCCCGCCCCCGAGCUACCGCAGCAGCGCCGCCGCCGCCGGGAACCCCCUGGCCGCAGACGGCAUGAUGACCCCUCCCCCGAGCGAAAAGGCCACCGCCGGCGAGAGGGAGUACCUUAACUCCCCCGAAGAGAUCCUCUACAUGCAAGUGUUCGUCGAAGAGGUCGGCGUCUGGAUGGACUCGCUCGACAAGGAGAAACACUUCUCCCGUCUGAUCCCCUACCACGCCCUCAAAUCCCCCAUGCUCCUCAACGCCUUCCUGGCCUGCGGCGUCAAGCACCUCACGCUCGUCAACCCGGCCUACGAGGACGACAAGGCCCUCUUCUACUACGACACCGCCACCACGCAGCUCCUCCGCAGCCUGCAGAACCCGGACCGCAACACGGGCGAGUGCGCCACCACGGCCGUCGUCCUCAACGUCUACGAAAUCAUGUCAGAGAAGCCCGCCCAGCGCAUGAACCACAUCGCCGGCGCCCGCGCCCUCAUCCGCGAGUGUAAGUGGGACGCCCGGUCCUCCGGCAUCGGCGCCGCGUGCUUCUGGCUCAACAUCGGCAUGGAGGUGCUCUCGUGCCUGGCCUUCAACUGGCAGACGUCGUGGGAUCCGGACCAGUGGGGUCUAGACAUGAACUUCACCAACGAGGGUUGCGGUCCAGCUGGUUCAGCGGCGGCGGCGGCGGCAGCUUCGAGAUCCGGCGAUGGCUUUGGACAGGAGGAGGUCUGGGUCCAUCGGAUCCUGUACAUUGUGGCCAAGAUUGCAAACUUCCGCGCCACGAUCCCGCGGUUCCAGGAGCCGAGCCCGCACGACGAGCAGAUUCGCCUGGGUAACCGACUUCAGCAGUGGCAGGAUCUCAAGAAGCUCUGCGACAAGUGGAACAACACCUGCCCGAGGACGAUGCAUCCGUUCGGAUACCUUUACCCAUCGCAAACAAACUCCAAAUCCGCCUUCCCCAACGUCUGGCUCAUCAAACGCGCCGCCAUAAUCGGCCGCCUCUUCUACCAUACAGCCCAAUGCCUCCUCGCCCAAACGAACCCCAUGGAACCAGGCCGUGCCUCGGAGGAAAUGCGCGCCCUCCAGCUCCACCACGCCCACCAAGUCUGCGGCAUCGUAGCCCACACAAAGGACCGCGGCGUCGCCUCCGUCGCCAUCCGCUCCCUCGCCAUCGCUUCCGCCGUCCUCACAGACCCGCGCGAGCAGGAAGAGGUCCUCGAGAUCCUCGACAAGAUCCACGCCGAGAGCGGGUGGCGCCUCGGCAGCAUCCACGGCGAGCUCAAGAAGGCGUGGGGGUGGCCUUCGCCUGCGCCGUCGCACGCUUCUCUCGGUGGCGGUCCGCCGGGUAAUGGUGCUGGUGCUGGUGCUGGUGCUCCUGGGGACCAUCGAGGUUCUGUGGGAAGUUAUGGUGGUGGGAGACCGGGCCCGCCGGGGAACCCGCCUGCCAUGGCGACGUCAAGCGCGCCGUCGGCGUCGAGCGCUGCUGCGUCUGCGUCGAUGAAGGCUCUUGUGAACCCGCUUUCGUAUGCCGAUUUUAGUUUGCCGAAUGCCCCUUACAAAGACUGGUGGAAGCCACCGAAUCGCCAUGAUUCGUACAGCUACCAGGGUUUCCCCUGA